CUAGGUUCCGUACAGCUGCCUGUAGCCUUUCUGCUGAAGGAUCCUUGUGGUUUUCAUUUGUUAACAUGCGUGGCAAUGAGAACAAAUGGCACGACGGUUAAGAUUGCAUUUUGCUGCCCAAAGAAGCAACACGGAUCCAUUAUCGGAAGCCUCUGAAGAUGUUCUGGAUAGUAACACUUGUACUUAUUUCACAAAAUCUCAGAAUUUGGCACCUAAUGUUACCCAAAUGAAACUGACUUCUAGGCAAGUUGCUUGUGCACCUGUAAUGCAGCAAGUUGUUAAUCGAGAGGAAAAUGCAGCAAUUUCUUCAUUGCAAAUAAAAAAGAGCACCUCCCUGCACAUUUCUCUGCAGUCUAGAAGGAAUAGUGGAUAUUUUCGGUCUGGUGAUGCUGUAGCUGUUGCUGAAGACACUUCAUUCAUUGGGAUUGGUAAUGAAGGAAAUUGUGGCACUAGAAUUGUGGUUGAUUAUCAAUCUGAUGAUGGCCUUCUUAGCCGUGCUGCUCCGUGCAAUGGCAGUCUCACCAGUAUUGCAGCCAGUGACAGUGGAUCAUUCAGCAGUGCUGGCAGUGACUACGGAUCAUGUGCAAGUACCACAAGUGAUGGAGGUUCAUAUAGCAACAGUGUCAUCAGUGACAGUGGUAGUGGCACUUUUUCAGCGAGCGAUGGUACUUUCUGUAGUAGUGUUGUUCAUGGUGAUUCUACGUAUAGAAGUACUGCAAACAAAUGUAAUCCCUUUAGGAACAACUCAUUUCAGGAAAAUCAGUGUAGAAGUAAUACUGCUUUUGACCAAGAUGGUUUGUCGGUGAGAAAGAAAACUAAAAUCCCACUGCGACGUUGUUCGUCACUGGUGUUCUUUCCUAGGAGUCCUUCCUGUACUCCUCCAGCUUCUCCAGUAAGCUCGGGUCAACUGCCACAUGGAGGUUCCUAUCAAACAUCCCAUAAACUAAUUAUUUCUCCUAGUGAUCUGGCACAAAAAGAUCACACCUUUUCCAAGGGCUUCCUUUCAACAGCAGUCAGUGGACUUCGACUGUCUAAAACAGUUUGCUCUUCUGGUGAAGUCAGAGACAUUCGACCACUUUACUUGAAUACAUCAUUACAGGACAAAAGUAAAAUUUUGGAUAGUUCUGAGCAGGCAACUUGUGAAGAUGUAUCUGAUGGCUUCUCAUGUAUUUCAGUUCAUCUCACUCAAAGAGCAUUUGCUUCAAGCAGUGAAAUGGUUAAUGGCUGUUGCAGUCCAGAGUUAAAUCUGAACUCCAGUGCAAAAUAUCCUCAUUUAAAACUGGCACGCAGCACAUCUGCAUGUUUGCCCUCAAAAAUAGAUUCAGAGUCUCAGAUUAAUAUCAACCAACUAGAAAGACCAAAUGCACAGAUGAGCAAAACCCAUUAUGUUUUGCAAAGAAGUGUUUCGUUGGAAGGAUCCCAUCAAAAAGUUUCUUGCUGUUUAUCCAGCCCUAAAUACAAAUGUCAUAGUGCAAGGACGUCUCAGUUGCACAUACAGUUCAAGCCUGGGAAUGAAGGAAAAACAACUGGUAUUAAGAAAAGAUAUGGAACAUCUAAAAGGGAAAUGUCUAGCACUUCGUUGUGGAAGCCCCAUAAGACUCGAGAUGAUUUUCUUGGGCAAGUGGAUAUUCCUCUUUAUCAGUUACCGACAGAAAAUCCAAGUAUGGAGAGACCAUAUACGUUUAAGGAUUUUGUUCUCCAUCCAAGAAGCCAUAAAUCAAGAGUGAAAGGUCACCUUAGAUUAAAAAUGACUUACUUACCUAAAAGCAAUGGGUCUGAAGAAGAAACCACAGAACAGGCUGAAGAACUGGAGCCUGGAUGGAUAAUAUUGGACCAACCAGAUGCUGCUAGCCAGCCACAACAGCAGCAGCAAGAAUCUCCUCCGCUGCCUUCAGGAUGGGAAGAAAGGCAAGACAUCCUUGGAAGGACCUACUAUGUCAAUCAUGAGUUCAGAAGAACACAGUGGAAAAGACCAACUGCUCAGGACAAUGUAGCUGUUGCAGAUCUUGGUAGUGUGCAGCUGGAGGCCCAGCAUGUGUUCACUCAUCGGCGACAGAUAUCAGAGGAUACAGAAAAUCUUGACAACAGAGAUUCCCCUGAGAGCUGGGAAAUCAUAACUGAAGAUGAGGCAACAAUGUAUAGCAAUCAGAACCUUCAGAUACCUCUCUCACAGAGUAAUUGUGAUAUACAGACUCAAAUUGCAGAGGAAUUGAAUACCAGACUUACUACCUCUGGAAGUUCAGCUACUGGCCAGUCAGCAGCCUACACUAACCAUUCCAGCAGAAGAGGUAGUCUGCAGACAUACAGAGUUGAAGAGCAGCCUGCACAGCCAGUGUUACUGCCAACUUCAUCUGGAUUACCCCCAGGCUGGGAAGAGCGACAGGAUGAAAAAGGGAGGUCAUAUUAUAUAGAUCACAAUUCUAGAACCACUACCUGGAUAAAGCCAGUCGUACAGGUGGCUGUGGAAGCAGGUCAGUUGUCAGCUGCACAAAGUGUUCCUGUGGGAAGACAAUUACAAGCAACCUCAAGUGAUUCAGCACAACAAUCUUCUCAACAGCAGCCUGAAAUGGAGCAAGGAUUUCUCCCUAAGGGCUGGGAAGUCCGACACGCACCCAAUGGGAGACCAUUCUUCAUUGAUCACAAUACCAAAACUACAACAUGGGGAGAUCCACGACUGAAAAUUUCUGCUCAUCCAAGGAGAAAAACUUCCCUAGAUCCAGGAGACCUUGGACCAUUACCACCAGGGUGGGAAGAGAGAACUCACACAGAUGGAAGAAUAUUCUUCAUAAACCACAAUACGAAGAAAACACAAUGGGAGGAUCCUCGACUGCAGAAUGUGGCAAUAACUGGACCAGCUGUGCCUUACUCCCGGGACUACAAGAGGAAGUAUGAGUUCUUCAGAAAGAAACUGAAGAAACAGAGUGAUAUUCCAAACAGAUUUGAAAUGAAAAUUCAUCGCACAACAAUCCUUGAAGAUUCUUAUAGAAGAAUUAUAGCUGUAAAGAGAGCAGAUUUCCUUAAAGCAAGACUUUGGAUUGAAUUUGAUGGUGAAAAAGGUUUAGACUACGGAGGAGUGGCCAGGGAAUGGUUCUUCCUUCUCUCUAAAGAAAUGUUUAAUCCUUAUUAUGGAUUGUUUGAAUAUUCAGCUACAGAUAACUACACCCUACAGAUCAAUCCAAAUUCUGGACUUUGCAAUGAAGAUCAUCUCUCUUAUUUCAAGUUUAUAGGUCGUGUAGCUGGAAUGGCCGUCUACCAUGGCAAGCUUUUGGAUGCCUUUUUUAUACGUCCUUUUUACAAGAUGAUGCUCCAGAAACCAAUAACGCUUCAUGAUAUGGAGUCUGUGGACAGUGAAUAUUACAAUUCUUUGAGAUGGAUUCUUGAAAAUGAUCCAACAGAACUGGACCUCAGAUUUAUAGUUGAUGAAGAACUUUUUGGUCAGACCCAUCAACAUGAGCUGAAAAGUGGUGGAUCAGAAAUCGUUGUCACCAACAAGAAUAAGAGAGACUACAUUCAUCUUGUAAUUCAGUGGAGAUUUGUGAGCAGAGUACAGAAACAAAUGGCAGCCUUCAAAGAGGGCUUUUUUGAACUAAUACCCCAGGAUCUGAUUAAAAUUUUUGAUGAAAAUGAGCUAGAGUUACUUAUGUGUGGACUGGGAGAUGUGGAUGUGGCUGAUUGGAAACUACAUACAAAAUACAAAAAUGGCUACAACAUAAACCAUCAAGUAAUACAGUGGUUCUGGAAGGCAGUCUUAAUGAUGGACUCUGAAAAGAGAAUAAGAUUACUUCAGUUUGUUACUGGCACAUCACGUGUACCUAUGAAUGGAUUUGCUGAGCUGUAUGGUUCAAAUGGGCCACAGCUGUUUACUGUUGAACAGUGGGGUACCCCUGAAAAACUGCCAAGAGCUCAUACCUGCUUUAAUCGCUUGGAUUUGCCUCCGUAUGACUCGUUUGAAGACUUACGGGAUAAGCUGCUUCUGGCCAUUGAAAAUACUCAGGGUUUUGAUGGGGUUGAUUAAGACACAGACAGAAAUUAUAUCAGUCCUGUGCUGCAAUUUCAUUUUAAGGGUUUACAAACAAAUCAAAUCUGAAUUUUCCAGGGACUGCCGUUGUAUUUAGUCACAUGGCUAUUGAAUCCUCAUAGUAUUACUUGUAAAAUAAGUAUUAAAAGUUCAGUAACUGUUGAAAAUGUAUUUUGCCAUUUUCACAAUUUUGCUAACAGCCACAAAAUACACUUUGGGUGGGCCAGUGCCAAGGAAGUGAAAAACUAAAAUGUUUUUAAUUAGUUGCCUCUUCUACAGUAUUUGACGGACUGUCUUGCAGUAAACUACUGAAGUAAAACUGUGAAUAAAUCUUUGCAGAGGGUGUAAAUUCACAUUGCUGCUUUAAGAGGAACAACUAAAAUUGUUAAACUGUUUGAAGAAAGCUUAACAGAACAAAACCAACAAACUUCAUGUGAUACAAUACCAUAACCUGUGCUGCUUCAGGCUGUUUGCUACAGAUACGUCCAAGGCACCUUAUAAUUCAGUAUAUUAGGUAAAAUAUUGGAAAGCAUUUGUUUGCAUUAUCAGCCAUCUGUUUGCAGAACGUUGAUUUGCUGACACAUUGUAUUUGUUAGAUUUCUGGUUAUCAUUUCCUUUUGUCAAAACAGUGUAACAAAACCAGGGUUUUUGUAUAAAACAGAGAAGCAGUGUAAUUCUGAAUUUUAAGAAGAAAUUAUAUCCUUUCUUGGUCUGAAUUUCUGUACUGUUGUUGGUCUAUGUAGUGUUCAUCACUUUUUUUUUUUAUUCAUUUGUAGUUCAGUGAUGGAUAAGAUUUUCACUUCAGCCUUUUGAAACAAAGUGAAAUUUGUAUGGAUAUCACUCAGUAUUGGUUACUGGUAGGUAGAGGCCUUUAUUAUCCAUUCUUGCAGUAUUGCACUACAUAACAAUAAAGAACAUGUUUACAGGGUUUUCUGGGCCAAAUUCAGCAGUCUGAUAUGUGCAGACUUCUCUAAACAGCAGGGAGGUUAUGCACAUGUGUAACCAGAUGCAGAAUUUGGUUCUAUAAUAUGUUUACAGGUUAUGCUAGUUUCUAUAGCUGCGUUUUUAUAUUUUUUCUCCACUGUUAGUCUAGAAACCAAAUUUGUUAACAAUAUAACCAAAGUCAUAACCAACAAUGUGCAAUUUAUUGUAGAUCAACUUGUCAUAUAAAUAUUAUUUUGGUUUCUUUUGUAAAUGUGGGUAUCUUUUGUAUUAAUGCUAAGACUUUUUUUGAGCAAGUGCUGGUUAAAAUUAUUAGCACAGUUGGUUCUAAAAGAAAAAAAAAAUCAGUUUAUAUACCUGGCUUGCUCUGAUUUUAACAUUUUAUUACCAGUAUGAUCUGAGGAAAUAACAGUACCUAGCUUUGGCCAGCAAAUUUCUGUUUAGUCAGUCUUUAUAAAUAUGCAAAAACGAAGUGUAGCACAUCUCUCUAUAAAGAUAUGUAAAUUAUGUAAGAAAUGUAAUGGGUCUUAAGGGAUAUUUAAAAUCCCACUUUGUUUUAUUCUUUGACCAGGUCAUUAUGGCUGAGAAUAUUACAUGUAAAUAAAGGUAACUUAUACAAAUUUCCCAAAUCUAUAUGCAGUUUUGUAAAACAUGAAUGAUAUAUCAGUAAAUCUGUAUAGAUUUGAAUGUAGCAGGUUUUGUUGCGUACUUUUAAGUAUAAAAUAAGGAUCCUGAGAGCAGUAAAUAAAAGUUUAUUC